AUGGAUGUCAAAGAAAAUUCAGAACAACAACAAGAAGAAGAACAAGUAGACGUUUUUGACUUGUUACCGGACGCAUUGGUGCUAGAAAUCUUCAACCGAGUACAAGAUGCUCGGUCGUUAUCGGCUUGCACGAUUUUAUGCAAACGUUUUGGUGAUCUCGUUACGCAAACAGAAACCGUGUCUUUACAAAUAAUUGCACGUAGGAAUACGACGUCGUUUCAAGAGUUGUCAUCAAAGAGUGGGGAUCACAUUAGUAAUAAUAAAUCUAAAGGUGGAUUCCUUGGUAGAUUUAUUUUAAAACCGGUUAAUGAUUUCCUUCGUCGUAUGAUGUCUAGGAAACCCAAACCCUGUUGUGAAGACGAGGAAGAGGAAAAUACGUUCCGUUUACCAAAUGAAUUACUAAAAAAUUUUAAGGAAGUCAAGUCAUUAGCUAUUAAACUUCCGGGUUAUGAAGGAGAUGUUUCACCUAAUGGAUCAGGGGGUGCGCUUUUGAAAUGGAAAGCAGAGUUUGGAAAAGAACUCGAGAGUUGUGUGAUUUUAGGAGCUACAGGGUUUAAGAAAUCUGAAAAUAGUACGAAAGAUGAGACUAAAGGGAAAGUAGAAGAUGUAAUAUCGACAACGAAUCACUUGACGAACAAGCAAUUAAAGAAACGAGUCGUUUGGACUAUUUCUUGUUUAAUUGCUUGUUCUGCAAGGCAUCAUAUGUUGAAGCAAAUCAUUUCAGUAAAUCGUAUGUUACGAAAUGUGAAAAUAACUGAUGGAAGUAAGCAAGGAACGAUCGAUAUGAAGGAAAGGCAAGUGUUCGAUGUUAGAAACGACACGAUGUGUUCAGAAAAAACUUCGGAUUUGGAAAUGGAAAGGACUAAAGUUCCGGCUGUAAUAAUCAAAAUGUGGUACAUGCCAAUGUUGGAAUUGCCUGAAUCGGGCGGUGUGAUGAAAGGGGCGACGUUGGCCGUCAUUAGGCCAGUGAUCGGGACGACUGUUGAAAAACAGGAUGAUGUGACUUUGGCAAUGGGUGCAUUUGAAGAUAAGUUUGUGAAGGAAGCUGUGAAGAAGCUUGUUGAGAAGAAACGGUCUUACACGCUUGAAAUGAAUUCAUUUUGA